CUUCAGGCUGUUUUGCGCUGCUCUCUGACAAACACACUGCACACCGUAGAGGAAGGAGGAUCUGAGGUUUUCUUAGAGGGAUUAAACAGUGAGUUUUAGUAAAGUGUGACAUCUCAACUUCUGGUUUCAUGGUACCGGACCUUGUAAACAAAUAUUUGAAGAUGUGGUUGUGGAUUUUGAUUAGCCUUGAGAUCAUCACAAAGGUGCAUGGGUAUUCAAAUGGUAAAUUCCCAGAGUCGUGUGUCUCUAUGUUACCUGAGCAUAGAGAUAGAAACGGGAUACCGUAUGAACCCCAGAGAACUGAACCACCCUUUGAGAUCACACACGAUCUCGCCUCACGUGGACAACCUAUCACAGUUUAUCUCAAGAGCAAGCAAUCCAAUAAGUUCACAGGAUUCAUGUUGGAGGCUCGAAUAACGGGCACGGAGAACGUAGUUGGGAAAUUCAUCGUGCUUGAUUCUCAGGAAACUCGACUCCUGUCGUGCAAUGGUUUACCGGACAACGCUGUUAGUCAAAGAUUCAGUUCAGAAAAGAGUGUGUUUGCAGUAAACUGGAUGGCGCCGGCACAAGGAGAAAACUUGGAAUACACUUUUAGAGCCACAUUUCUUCAGUAUUUUGACACUUUCUGGGAACGAGUGGAUUUUGUGGUCAAGUUGCCCGCACCAACAACAACUUCUACUACAUUGCCAAUUGCACCAACUCCAACUACUACAAGUAAUACAACGCCAAUUACUACAACUCAAAAUACUACAAGUACUACAACGCCAAUUGCUACAACUCCAAAUACUACAAGUACUACAACGCCAAUUACUACAACUCAAAUUACUACAAGUACUACAACGCCAAUUGCUACAACUCCAAAUACUACAAGUACUACAACGCCAAUUACUACAACUCAAAUUACUACAAGUACUACAACGCCAAUUGCUACAACUCCAACUACUACAAGUACUACAACGCCAAUUGCUACAACUCCAACUACUACAAGUACUACAACGCCAAUUGCUACAACUCCAAAUACUACAAGUACUACAACGCCAAUUACUACAACUCCAACUACUACAAUUACUACAACUCAAAUUACUACAAGUACUACAACGCCAAUUGCUACAAAUGUAACUAAAUUACAGGAACCGGCUACUGUAUUGAUGAUUGCUGACAGUGUUUUGGUGGCCGUCAAAACGGAACUGCCUUUGUUAAUAACUCUUCUCAUCAACGGACCCCGUUUGCAUCAUCUAAAUAAGGUGAAGAUAUUAAGCCGUGUGCUUUGUGCAGCCGUGGAGAUACCUGCCUUGGUCUUGUUUUCUUUGGCUGAUCCCAUUAACGGCCUUUUCAUUGCUCUAGUGUGUGUUGCAAUAGACUUUAAUUUCAUGGAGCUGUUUAUCGUCUGUCUCCGAAUUGAACCCAGUCAUGAACUAAAGGAGAUCAGUGAGCUUACCAUCAAAGUGUGUUCUGUCAUCCACUGUAUUUUUACAACCGCUACCAUUUUUCUAGGUGUUUUGGAGUUUAACAACUGUGGAAAGGAAAGGGAGGACUCUUGGCCAGUGAAAGUGAUGAUGGCUUACACAGUGUGGAUUCUCCUGUUUGUAAUAUGGGUAUAUAUAAGCAGUAUUCACAGAAAAACCAUACUGGGUGGAAGCAAAAUAGGGAGUUCCAAAAACAGAAACGAAAGAAAAAAGAAGAAGCUCAGUGCAGCAGCAGUGAUUGUGAUCGCUGUCCAAGUAAUCCUCGGCGUUGGAAACUUGUGUUUUGCUUUUGCGGUCUCUUUUGGGAUAUUUUGGUGUUAGGAAAAGUAGCCCUGGGCAUCAAGCUUUAUUAUGUAAUUCACAUGUGUCCGUCCUGGGAGAUGGAUCCCUCUUCACUUGCCUUCCUGAAGUUUUCUCCCUUUUUCUUCAGAUAACCAGGGUUAUUUUUAGGGUAGUUUUUUGUUUUUGGAAGGGAGGGUCCAUUCCCAGAAUGCUGUACAGAGUGCAAGGCAACGAGGAACAUUUGUCAUUUAUAAUAUUGGGUUUGUAAUUUGAAUUUGAUUGACUGACAUUUGAAAGUUAUUAAUUAUAUUUCAUAAAAUAUAUAAUAAUUCAUAAAAAUGCCAAUGAGACAUGGCCUGGGAAAUGGAGACUUGCUGGUUCAAGUCCCGAAAAGGACUCAGUACCAAUUGUGGAGUGAUGCCUGGAGAAGUGCCAGUUCGCCUCUUGGACACUGCUGAGGUGCCCUUGAGCAAAACAAGGAACCCUACACUGCUCCCCUGGCACCUUAAAGUAGCUGCCCAAUGAUUGUAAUACUUGGAUGGGUUAAAUGCAGUCUAGAGUCACAUUUUCACUGUGUGUUGUGCAUGUGUUACAGUAAAAUAUGUUUGUAUACUGACCUAAAAUAAAUCUAUUUAUCUUUUUCUAAAUAAAAAAAUACUCAAAUGUUA